UGGGCUCAAGUCGAAACCUUCAAGAAGAACAAUAUGGCGGCUAGUGGUGACGUGGAUGAACUCUUCGAAAUCAGGAAUUCCUUUUACAUCGGCAACUACCAGUUUUGUAUAAAUGAAGCUCAGAAGUUACACCCUUCUUCACGUGAACUGGCCAUUGAAAAAGAUAUUUAUAUGUACAGAGCUUAUACAGCUCAGGGUAAGCAUAGAGUUGUCUUAGAUGAGGUGACAUCAGCUUCUCCAGCAGAAGUACAGCCUGUCAGAAUGUUAGCUGAAUAUCAUCAGAAUCCAAGCAAAAGGGAAUCAAUCCUGAAGUCCAUUGAAAAGAAGUUAAACUCUAGUGAUCUCAAUGACUAUGAUCUGUUAAUGGCAGCUACGAUCUAUUACAAUGAACAGAAUUUCGAAUCAGCUUUACGAUGCCUUCAUCAGUCUGAAUCAUUGGAAUGCUCAGCGCUCUCAGUACAAAUUUACAUCAGCAUGGAUAGAGUUGAUCUGGCUAAGAAAGAACUUAAAAGAAUGCAAGACCAAGAUGAUGAUGCAACUCUCACACAGCUUUCCCUUGCAUGGUUCAAUCUUGCUGUGGGAGGAGAGAAAUAUCAAGAUGCCUACUACAUUUUCCAAGAGCUUUCAGACAAAUACACUCCAACAGUCAUGUUACUCAAUGGUCAGGCUAUUGCAUACAUGCACAUGGGGAAAUUUGAAGAUGCAGAGAGUUGUUUGCAAGAUGCACUGGACAAAGAUAGCAGUAAUCCGGAAACUCUCAUCAACAUGGUGGUUUUAUCUCAGCAUCUAGGAAAAGCUCCUGAGGUAACAACAAGAUAUAUUUCACAGUUAAAGGAUGGGCAUCCAAGUCAUCCUUUUACAAAAGACCUCCUGGCAAAGGAGAAAAAUUUUGAUCAGCUUGCAGAACAAUAUGCAGUCAGCGUACAGUCGUGAAGAUGAUGAUGAUCGAAGAAUUAUGCGAGGACUACAGGCAUAUGUGUAAACAAUUGAAUGUAAAAAGAACUAUCAAACCUACUGUAGGCAUGCCUUUACAAGCUUCAGUUUAUACGGUGCACGUUCCUUCAAAAUUUCCUUGUAUCUCUUUGUAUCAUUUACCAACAUGUAGUUUAUCUUAAGGUGCCGUAAUCUUUAUGUUGUUUUAACUUUUGCAUUAAUUUUGGUCUUCGUUUUUUUUUUUGAAGAACAAGAAAUUUCAUGGUCGUAGAUCGUAAAGUUUAAGUGUAGAAUCUCGGAUUUAUUAAACCAACCAUAACUCUUCAUAA